AUGAACAUUGGCUCAUCUGUAAGUAACAAUAAAACUCAUAAGGGCAAACCACGUAGAAAGAAAAAUACAAAUGUUGCAUGUAUCCACUGUUCCAGGUGUCAUCUCUCCUGUGAUUCAAAUAGACCAUGUAGAAGGUGUAUAGAUAAAGGCAUAUCGGAGACUUGUGUGGAUGCACCGAGAAAGAGACAUAAAUAUCUCUUGGGUGUACCAAACAAUAUUCUACCUGUUGCCAUGCAAAAUGAUUCUACUAUAAUCCCUUCUAAUAGGUCUCUGUUAAGUAUUAAAAAUCAGAGUGCUGAUGCUAAUGUUAAUGCUAAUAGUUCUUCUUCUAAUCCUUUAUCUCCAAUGUCGUCGUAUCCACAAUAUCAAUCGCAAAACGUCGCAGUGGAGAAACAGCAUUUCUAUAAACCACAACAUAUUAUACAUAAAUCUAAGUUUCUUUCAAAUGCUGCAGAUGUAGAAUAUUCAAUGCUAAGUAAUAUGAUUCAACAAGAUGGUUUGUUUAAUAAAAUUCCUGUAGAUAAUAUAUUAUAUCAUGAUCCUAUAGAUAAUAAUAAUAAUAAUAAUAAUAAUACUCCUACCCCUACUCCUACUCCUACCCCCAUUCCCAUUCCUACUAAUAAUAAGAAUUCUAUUAAUAAUAGUAGUAAUAGUACUAGCGUUUCUAUUUUGAAUAUAUUAUCACCAAGACCAAGUGAGGUAGCAUUAUUAAGUUCGGCUUAUCAACAACAAAUAUCGUCAAAUACUUCAACCACUAGCAAUAGCAGUCCUAUAAACGAAAAUGUAUCAAUAAAAAGAAGUCCAUACAAGACAGAUCCACAACAGACAGCGAAUGCUACAAUGAAUAUAAUUAAUGUUCCAACACAACAAUACCCUUCAGUAUUUCAGAAUGUAUAUUCGAUACUGUUAGGCCCACAUUCUGAUAGUAUUCUUAGCUCGAAGAUUAAUCUCUUUACACACCAUUUCCCAUUGAUCCCAGUUGAGUCGAACCCGCCAGGUAAUAAUUCACUAUCAUUUAAAAGGCUGAUCGCGUUGGAUCCAAGAUAUAAACAUUCGCAUUUACAAAAAAAUAACAAGAUCAAUCAAAUUUAUUUAAAUACCGAAACAACAACUUUCCCUGAAGUCGCUACUAAAUAUCUUAAUUCAAAUAUAAAAAACCGGUCACGUUUGUCCUUUGCUUUAGAAUGUAAUUCUCCAGAGAUAACAAACAUCAAAAAUAACCCCGAAUGGGAACAUUCGUUACGAUACUCGACCCCAAUGGAGAUCUAUACUAUGAUAAAUAAACCAUUUUCACAUACGGCUGGGUUCCAUCACUUGCUAAUGUAUUUAAGAAGUAGGUUUAAUAAAAAAGAUAUUAUAGAGAUAUGCCGGUCGAUGGCAGAAUUUAGACCAAUCUUUAUUGCGUGUUCAGUUACUUUGACAGAAGAAGACAUGAUAUUUAUGGAACAAUGCUACCAAAGGACAUUAUUGGAAUAUGCAAAAUUUCUCGAACAGAUCGGCACACCAACAUGUAUAUGGAGACGUAAUGGACAGAUAUCAUAUAUUAAUGAAGAAUUUGAGAUUUUGACAGGUUGGACAAGGGAGGAGUUAUUAAAUAAGAUGACGUUUAUAGUCGAGAUAUUAGAUGAUGAAAGUGUAAGGGAUUAUUUUAAAACUUUUUCCAGUGUCGCAUAUAAAGAUUUUAAAGGUUCAGAAUAUAUGAGAACCUGUAGAAUCUUGUCCCCAAUUAAAGGUAAUAUAAUUGAUUGUCGGUGUAUGUGGACUCUGAAAAGAGAUAUAUCUGGGUUACCGCUAAUGAUAUUAGGAAACUUUAUGCCAAUAUUAUAG